UUGCCACCAUGACCCUCAAAAAUUCCCAACUACUUCACAUUCUCCUUUGGCUAUCCCUAAUAUUCUUGCUCUUUCAUCACUAUUGCAAUCUCAACAAGAAACAAAUCAUAGAGCCUACUAACCCUAAAAAUCAUCAUGGAAGAAAAGUUCUUCUAGCUACCAAAUUUGACUUCUCUCCUUUCUUCAACCACCAUCAUCGCCAUAAACAUCCUCCGCCCGACCCUUCAGACAUACAGAUUGAUCCGCGCUAUGGCGUCCAGAAGCGCCGUGUACCAACCGGUCCAAAUCCAUUACACCAUUGAUGACAAUGAAGCCUCAAACCUAAGGGGGUUGGUGCAUGAAAAGAUUUAAUGGUUAGUAGUGGAAGCUUUGAUAUUAAUAUAACAUGGGUGCAUCAUAUAUGC